UUGCAAAAACACAAACGAGUGCUUUCAUUAUGCCCUACCAAUAACUCCAUAUUUGAUCGGUGCCCUAACUGCAAGUACACACGCACCCACUCUCACACACUGUUCGUUUUCUCCAUCAGGCUUGUUGAAAUUCACCUCACUGGGCAUGCGCCAACAUCUGGUAUCAGAGCUUAGCUUACCCGGGAAGGAAGGCUAGAGAUCUAGACUUGUGAGUGGUCAAGGUCAAGAACCCGAGAGGGGUGACCGGAGGACCUGUGAAAGAAGAAAGUUCGCGAAGAAGACAAAAACCGAACCGAUUGUCAUCAUCAUGAUGGUGUGAUUGGAUAAUCUGAGCUUAUUGUACGGAAAGUGUCGAAAAACUGCAAAUUCGGUAAUGGCUCCUAAUCCAAGAGUCGCAAAGGCUUUUCGUGCUAUGCGAGAUAUCGGCAUCCCUGAAGAGAAAACAAAACCAGUGUUAAAGAAUCUUUUAAAACUCUAUGAAAAAAACUGGGAACUUAUUGAAGAAGAAAAUUAUCGAGCACUUGCAGACGCUAUUUUCGACAGCGAGGAGGCGGAGAUAGCAGAACCGAAGAAAAAUCAUGAUAAUGAUAACGCUGAAGCUGAAGCAGAAGAACAGAAAAAGAAACUUGAGCAAGCUGAAAGAUUGAAGGCUAUUGAAGAAGAAACACAAAUUCCCGAAGAACCAGAACGUCCGUUAAAGCGGCUACGGUUAAGGCAUCAAGAUGGAUCAUCUUCCUCCGCCAAUGCAAAUGGAACACCACUGAAAAAGCCGAAACUAGAAAUCGACGAUCUACCUUUCGCUAUACCCCGGUCUCAAUCACGCGCUAAAAAUGCAACAGCGGAAACUGUUUCAGUUUCACCUGAACCUCAAGCUAGAAACAAGGGGAAACAACCUGUUAUAACCGACACUGAACCGGAUGAGACGAAUGUAUCCGGGUCUGAUUCGGGUUUACGUUUAAGGCGUCUGAGAGACAAAGGGAAAGAACCAGUAUCAUCUCAAACAAGUUCUCGAGAGUUGAGAUCGCAUUCCGGUAGGCCAUCCGUUGGAGCGUCGUAUAAAGGCCCAAAGCCCAAACAAACCGGUGGUCCGUUAAUAAAGCCCAAAGACGAGCCCAUUGCAGAUGAUGCGUCACCUCUUCCGGCACCUCUUUCAGUGAUUAGGCCAGCAGAAUCAGUGACAAAUGGAGAUUCUUCAACCGAAAACCUGUCCACAGAAGCUAACAACUCAAUCAGCAAUGUUCUAGCUUCAUUAAAUGAAACCGCUGCGCAUGAACUUGCAGCGGUUCCAGAUGAACCAACAACAAAACUAGAUAUCGCAUCCUCAUCCGAUGGGGAAAUCAAGAUUUCGUUAACCUGCAACUCUACCCAAAACCCUAACGUAUCCGUCACAAACGUGGAUAUGUUACUAAAACGAAUGGAAGAUCGGUGUCUUAAAUCAUACAAGACCCUUGACCCGAACUUUUCCGUGAAGAAACUUAUGACAUGUAUGUGUGAUUCCCUUUUGGAUACCGAUCCUGAACCUGAUUCCACACCACCCAUCGUUAAUGGCUCAGUCGGUAAUGAAGUUGAGGGUGCCUGUGAAAAUGGGGUUCAUGAUACCGAGCCACCACUCACUGUCAAUGGCUCGGUCGGUAACGAAGUAAACGAUGCUAGUGAAAAUGGGUUUCAGGAUAUCGAGCCACAAAGUCAGUUAACCGCCGAUGGCACAAGGUCUCUUCAUGAUAUUAACGAUAUAGCUAAAGGUCAAGAAUCUGUGAUUAUAUCGUUGGUGAAUACAGUCAACACAGAGUGUCCUCCAGCAUUCCAUUACAUUUCCGGAAACGCGGUCUUCCAAAACGCUUACGUUAACUUUUCACUUGCUCGAAUCGGGGAUGACAAUUGUUGUUCCGCUUGUUUUGGUGAUUGUCUGACAUCAGCAACUGGUUGUGCUUGUGCGUUGCAAUCUGGUGGCGAAUAUGCAUACACGAAAGAGGGUCUUGCUAAAGCGGAGCUUAUAGAUGAGUGUAUAAAAAUGAAUCGGGACCCACAAAAACAUUGUUUGUUUUACUGCAAGGAAUGUCCUCUAGAACGAUCUAAAAAUGAGGAAAUUGUUGAGCCGUGUAAAGGUCAUUCGGUUAGGAGUUUUAUUAAGGAAUGUUGGUUGAAGUGUGGCUGUAAUAAACAGUGUGGCAAUCGAGUAGUACAACGUGGUAUUCAGCGUAAAUUGCAGGUGUUUAUGACCCCUGGAGGAAAAGGGUGGGGCUUGCGUACCCUUGAGGACUUGCCGAAAGGUGCAUUUGUUUGUGAAUAUGUGGGAGAAGUGUUAACAAACGCGGAAUUAUAUGAACGAGUUUCGAAAAGUUCAAACAAAGAUGAGCAUGCGUAUCCAGUACUGCUUGAUGCGGAUUGGGGUGCAGAGAGUGAAUUAAAAGAUGAAGAAGCCCUUUGUUUGGAUGCCACUUAUUAUGGAAAUGUCGCUAGAUUUAUUAAUCAUAGGUGUUUUGACUCGACUUUGGUGGAGAUUCCGGUGGAAAUAGAGAAUCCGGAUCAUCACUACUAUCAUCUUGCCUUCUUUACUACAAGAAAGGUGAAAGCCUUCGAAGAGUUAACAUGGGAUUAUGGUAUUGAUUUUGAUGACGAAGAACACCCUGUGAAGGCAUUUAAGUGUCGAUGUGGUAGCAGGUUCUGCCGAAACAUGAAACGCCCAUACAGAGCUAGAAAAAGAAGAUACAACUGAAACCAAGAUGUGUUUUAAACGUUAUAAGUUAACCGGUAUGUGACGAUUCUGGUUACGGGACUGUCUAAACCCGUGUCUGUGUUUUGUAUCUAUCUUAGGUUUGUAGCGUGGUGACAAGUUAUAAAGAUGGGUCGUUGAAGUUAUGUUUGUAUGCCCGUCGUGUUUUCUGUACCAAAAAGAUCGAUAAACGACUUGUGUAGUUUUAGCAGCAUUACUGCUUUUUCUUUUAGAAAUUUGGACUUCAUCUUCUAUGUGAAAA